AUGAAAAUACGAAUAAAAACGUUGGAUCGUGGUGAUAUCGAAUUCGAAAUCGAUGCUGAUGCAUCAUUGUUGGAAUUGCGUAACGUAAUCGAGAGUCAUACGACUGUUCCGAUUACCAGACAACGUUUGAUAUUCAGAGGUCACCCGUUGUUGAAUAAUGAAAGAAAAUUAGCAGACAAUCCAACAAGUGGAACUGUUGAUGGACAACAUGAAGGAGAGGGCUUGGGAAAUGCUGAUCAAACACAUCGAGGAGAGGAACGAGCGCGNAUUAUACAUGGAUUGGUACGAAGAGCACUGGAAAAUACGUUGUCAAAUUUGACAGAGAGCACCUCAUCGGAAAUCGAGUUGCAAGAAGACGCACCAAACCAUGGUGAUCUAUCGGUGCAAGUGCGUAUUCGCGGCAAUGCGCUACAUCACGCCGAUUCAGGCGCACGUGAACGUUUAUUACGUAUCACUGACACGCUGAACAGAAGUGAAUCUGUCAUGCAAAUUCUUAAUGAUGUUCUUGUGCCAUAUUUGAAUGAUUGGAUCGACGAGCCAAGAGAAUUCAAUUCAAGUGAUAGCACUCUGAGUGUGAUCGAUGAAUGCCUGUUACGAUUGGAGGAGGUUAUGACAGCGCCACGAUCAGUAGACGAUGAUAAAGAGCGUACAACAGAAGCAAUGGAAACAGAUGAAUCGAGCGGACCGCCAUCGCAACCUGAACAGGUGCAACCAACAACCACAAAUUCUGCAGGUGAUGCGAACUCUCCGUCAUCAACUUCAGACGCUUCAGCAUCUUCUAGCACCACCGCUACAAAUCCACCCAAUAUAAUCGAGCAUUCAACUGGUUCCGAUUAUAUGGCUGUGUUACAAAGAUUGACACAGCUGCAGUUCGUGUUCUUGAGACAUCUGCUCGUGGUGUAUCAAGAACAAAUCCAACGUCUUUUGCAUCGAUUCGCUCAUAUCUACCACUCAAUAUCUGAUAUUAGCGUGGACUUUGGUUCAGAGCAUUUACCGUCGUCUAGUAAUCUUCGUCCAUUGGAAACUUCAUAUGGUCAUAAUGGAGGCACUGAAGUAGUACUUUCAAUAAUUUUUGUAUCGCCACAAGGAGGAGGUAAUGCUUCAAAUGCUGGGACGCAGUCUACGACAUCUCGUCAUGAGGUGAUCAAUGUCACGAGAUCGCCGAAUGAGCCAGCUCAAUCGGCACAUUCGAUGCUACACGCGGUGACCUCUCACCUAAGAAAUACAAUUAGCCAAAGUAAUCGAGAUACUCAACAAACACAGCCCACCAAUACGACAGUUGAAAAUAACGCACCUUCUGGCCAAGCACCUGUAAUUACUUAUGCUUCUACCAUGGUGCCGCCGCCUCAACAACGUUCAUCUCAAAUGCCUCGUUUCAUUCGUGCCACAAAUUUCUCACCAGCUAGUCGCCCACCGGGCAGCUACACUAUGAGUGGAGGCGCAAGACCCCCAAUGCCUCCACCUAGGGCAAUGUUUCAUGUUGCUGGAGCGGGCGCUCCUCCAGGUGCACCGGUUAUGAUUCGUCCAGGAGGCGCUCCAAUACGUUUGCCACAUUUUGUGUCCACAAAUGUGAUGCCGUUCCCGAUUCAGGGUGCAGCACGUUUUCAUUUCACACCCUCAGCAGCACCACUGCAACAUCCAUUUCCACCUCCCCCACCAUCCCAACAACAGAAUACAACUCAAAGUCGCGCUAAUCAACCAUCAUCCGGCAAUGCAACACAAGAUUCCUCAACGACAAAUGUUGCCGCACAUCCAGAUUUCCAACAAAUCUUUCGCACGAUACUCGGCGAUCCUAACAUAUUCCAGAAUAUGACCACUUCCUCUUCAUCAGCACCACCACCACNACAAAUAACUCAGCUAUCAAGCGGCGAGAAUGCGCCGAUGACGAAUUUGACCCGAGGUGGUAGCGCACCGACAAUAGCCACCACAACAACUCAGCAUCAGAAUCCGGCAUCAGCCCCGGGAAAUACGACCACAACGCAUCAACAUCAUCACUGGAUUACACCACCACCCCUUCUACAAGCGUUCCGAGCACCGUUUGGGCCGGGCAUCAUGGGUCAAGUGAUCGUUCGCACAAAUGGACCGGCAGCGAACGUUGAGGCGACCCGUCGUGCCGUUGAUGCGGCCAUGCAAGCUGCGGCGAGCACAGUGGCUGCAAGUCAAGGCGCGACCGGAGUUCACAUAAACGGUGUUGGUGUAGUCGAGGGGAACAUUUCGACGGGUGCCGCCGGAAUGCCGUUGCUGAACACUUCCACAUCAGGUUCAGUGCCACAUAAUUUGCACUUCCUUUCGUCAUCCAACUCCACGAACCCAUCAGCAAAUCAGCAAAGAUCAGUGCCGACGGCCGGUGGACAGCACAGUGGUGGUGGUGGCACUUCCGUCAUGGGCGGUAGAGAGUCAAUUUCGUGGAUUAGACGCGCUUAUGCGAAUCGUGAAACGCAGCCUGAGUCACAGUCACAGUCAACCACAACACAAUCAGACACAACUCAACAACAUCCACCAUCACCUCAUCAUCAUCAUCAUCACCCUCAGAAUGAUGAUCCGCAUAAUCUUCUCGGAGGAAUGUUCAUUGGACCCAGUUUCCCGCAUCAUUCACCGAUCUAUACAACUGAUCCAUUCCUGCCAUGCCAAUCGAGAUUCGGCAAUCCACGUUACACUGUGCGUAAUUCGAGUGAUUACGAAGCAACGAUCGUUUCCGUUCGUGAGGCAGCUCUCAGAUACCAGAACAACUUAUCGGAAGGCACACCGGAACGUGAACGAGCCAAUGCGAUUACUGCUCGCUGGAAUGUGAUUCGUGGAGGUGACGAAACGUCAGAUGACCAUAUCAUGAUGAAUCAACGCGGUGAGGCGGUAUUCGACCGAGCCGAGCAUUUUUCGAGCGUGAUUGAAGUGAUGAUGCGAAGAGCCGUAGCGAAUAUGGCUGAUACGGAUCCUGAUGUUGCACGACAAUUGCAUGCGACAAGUGGAGAGUUUGAUAAUUUUAACUAUAGCAUCACACCGAUUGUGAAUCCAGCAAUGCGUGCGAUUGGUUUACCAAUGCCACUACUGGGCUCGAUCGAAUUAGAAUCCUUAUCGGCUGAUAUUGAAAUCUCUAAUUCAGUCAAUGGUUUCGUGAAUUGCUUACAAAAAGUUUUGAAGUGGCGAGAUCAUCUAAAGCGAGAGGAGAGUUGUAUUUACGCUGCGCUAAUGAGUUGUAUAUUUGAGGCAUCAGCCGACGAGAUGGAUGCUCAACAGCAAGGCGGCAACACGGCAAUGAAUGUGAUUGAGAACCUGACGGCGCAGAAUGCUGCUGCCAGAGUGGAGUCGUUGAUUGCGAAUGCCACUCAAAAUGCGACUCAACAGUCACAAAAUCGUGAUUCCUCUGAAACGUCUGCGAAUCGAACUGAUACUGCACAAGGUGGAGAGAGUGAUGGCGAUAUACUGGAGAUGAUAAGGGCUUUGUCGAACGGGAUACAGUCGGGUCGAAGUAUGACGCUAUCUCAGAUGAUGCGCGAAACGGGACAACCGGUCACGCGUUUUGAAUCUGGUUUCAUCAACUUAGUGAUGAUAUUGGCUUAUGAGGUAAUUCAGUUUUCUGAACUUUUGGAUCUGUUCUCAAGCGAUUUCUCGACCAUAUACAACAAUCGUCAGCAAAUUCGACGAUAUAUCAUCGAGAACGUUUUCAACGAUAACAGUCGACCGAGUCAAGAAGAUGUGGAAAGUGCGGCCGAGCGGGUGACUUUAUCAGAGUCGAGUCUGGAUUGUUUUCUGGCGUACGAUGAUGUGCAUCGUUACACCGAGGUGGAUGGAGUCGGUCGAGUGGACUUGGUGGCGACUGUUUUGCGUGUGGAACGAUAUUCGAUCAUCCGAUUUUUAAACGCGUUCUUGACAAGAGAUGAGGGUAAUAUCGACGCAAGACAAUAUUCUCAGCAUGUUGUUGAUAUUUUCACCGAUUAUGUGCGUCGCAUUGUUGUGAUUGCUAAUUUGUCGAUGACUUCGGGACCGUUUGAUUAUGAAACGUUACUUCUCAGAUACACGGACGCAGCUGUUUCGACCGCUGAUAAAGCAGCAACAGCAGCAGAAGGGAGUGGUGUUCACGAAAGCGAGCAUGGCAACGAAGUGGUCAGUAAACAAAAUUGUACAAGUAGUUCUGAGAAGACGGAUGCUGACGUGCCGAAGAGUGCAACAGCAGCACAACAAUCCACAAAUGAAGUAACCAUUCCAAAGACAGACGUUAGUGGCGGUGAUAAUAAGAAAGUAAGCGAGCCGGAGAAUGAGCAAAACGAAGACAGCAAUUGGAAGGCAGUUUUACCUCAGGACUGGUUGCCAGUAAUUGAGACGGAUCGACGUCGUUUAACGUCGAUGACUCGUCAACCGUGUUUGAGUGAUGCAUACCUGUGCAGUAGUUCAAUUUCCCAGAAGAAGUCGGGAGAAGAUUUUAUGCACCAUGCGGUCAGUGAAGCAUUCAACGGGGCGUUGAAACAGACGCGACAGGAACAAAAGGCUUCAACAGCGGCUAGUAACCUUCCGGCGGAGUUCAGCAGAGCAGCGCAAAAUGAAUUCGAUGAGGCCGUUCUGGAACGAGUUCAUAACGACCCCGACUACGAACCCCAUAAAUUUGUUCAACUCAAAAAGUUCUGUUCAAAUAAACGAAAUGGCGACGAUCCGUCAUCGAAGAGUUAA